AGUCGAACAAACAUCAUUUAGUUGGACUCCUAACUACAGUGGGGACAGUGAGAUCAGUUCUUAAAAAAAAAAAAAAUAUUUCAUAAGUGGCAAAUAAGCCUACAGCCGUGUUAGUAAGCUGUUACAGUAGCAUAAUAAUCUGAUGCCGCUAGAGAACAGUAGAUUGGGACUAUUCUUGAGACAAUGCCUGGUGACGGCAGCAGUUGGCAUCAACAUGAUUGGCUACGGCUGCGGCUUCGGCUUCCCUGGGAUCCUGCUACCCCAAUUGGAAAUGCCAGGCUCCACCAUCAGCGUCUCCGUCAAUCAAGAGUCUUGGCUAGCUUCAGUCAGUUCAAUCCCAAUGAUCUUCGGCAACUUUCUAAUCCCAGUGGUGAUGUCACGGGCCGGACGAAAGAUGGCGCUGUACGUUGUGACCUUGAUCCUGAUGAUGGGCUGGUUCGUCGUCAUUAUAGCCACAAACUAUGAGAUGCUGUUACUAGGGAUGAUGAUCCAAGGCCUGUCCUUCGGCAUGUUCAUGCCUCUCCGUUCCGUGUACAUCGGCGAGUGCUGCAGCCCGCGCUACCGCGGCGGUUUCCUCACCGCCACCGUCCUCGCUCAGAUCUUCGGCAUCCUCUUCGUCCACUUCACUGGCUCCCUCAUCAGCUACCACCUCACUGCCCUCUGCUCUAUCUCCUUCUCUCUCAUCAGCCUUAUCUUAACCUUAUACUCGCCAGAAUCUCCCAGCUGGCUUGCCACAAUAGGACAGCAUGAUGCCUGCAGAGAGAACUUCUUAUGGCUAAGAGGGGAGGAUGAAAUGCCUGAGCUGGAGAGAAUUAUCGAAACUGUCAACCUUUUUGAGACGCAAGAGAGAAUCCCACACACACCUAGAGAAAUUAUCACAGUGGUAAAGAAGAAAGAAUUCUACAAGCCAAUUUUGUUGUUAUUCGCUUUGUAUACUAUGCUCAGUUGUGGAGGAGCGCCAAUAAUGGGAGCGUACGCGGUGACGAUUUUGGGAUUACUAAUGCCUAAAGCAAACGCAAAUUUCUGGAUGGUAGCUUUAGAUUGCCAGAGACUAUUAUUUACUGGUGCAGCUAUUUUCGUUAUUAACAAAUUUAAGAGAAGAACCAUGCUGUUUUGCAUAGGGUCUCUUUGCGCUGGAAGUCAAGUACUGAUGGGUGCUUACUUAUUUGCUAAGAACAAUGAUUACCUGCCUUUCGAUUCUUUAUGGAUACCUGGUAUACUUAUAAGUGUGCAAAUGUUGAGUAUAUCUAUGGGAAUGCAGCCGCUGCCUGCUGUAAUCGCUGGUGAGGUGUGUCCUCUGCAGCAUAGGGGUCUUGCAGGGGGCAUAGGUGUUACAGCGUUGAGCGUGGCUGCUUUCGUGGUGUUAAAGACUUUUCCUGGUCUGGUUUCUGUAGGGGGGUUGGAAGGGGCGUACGCAGUGUACGCUGGGAUCAUAGUGACGUGUCUGGGGGUUGCGUGGGUGCUGCUUCCGGAGACUAGUGGACGGACGCUGCAGCAGAUCGAGGAGCAUUUUCGAGGGACGCCAAUGUUGAAUGAUGAUGAGGAGAAACUAUUGGCAAAUGAAACGAAAUCUAUUUACUUCUCUAUUCAAAAAUGAAAUGAUUGUGUUAGAGAUGAAGACUGAUUUAACUGAACUAAAUAAAUAAUAUAGAAGCAGAAAGCUGUGCCAAAUGAAAUGAAGAGUAAACUUGGUAUUUUAAAUUACCUGGCAAGCUAUAGGAGUACAAGCCAAAUUGAAAUAUUGACGCCAAAUAGCGUUAUUGAAAUAAAUCAUGUUUUUAAGAUUACAAAUAAUUUAGCUCUUAAGUAAAAAAUUGUUAUCUUAAGGUACAGACCUAAUUGUCAUUUUGUGAUCUCAUACCAUACCUUACUAGGUUAAGUUAAGUUUACUUUAACUUACAUUAUUGAUAAACAUCACUAUCCUUACUAAUAUUUAGUAGGGGUAGGGUUCAGGUACGAAUUUAUAUUCUGGUAUACCUACAGUAAAACAUGAUUAUAGCGGUGCAAUUAAUUUUAUAUCUUGUCAUUCUUAACAACCUGAUAGUUAAAUUCACAAAGACGCGUAUUUUGAUUCGUAUUGUCAUGCUACUCAUGCUCUAAGGGCUAUAUUUGAUAAAUUACAAAUUACAUGAUUUAUAGCAUAGAUUGAAUGGGCAGGAAUAUGUUGAAAAUAAAGUUCAGUGACUUAAAUGUAUAUAUUUUUUAAUUAAAAUACCCUUAAAUUAUAAGUAAUAAGGUCAUGUUAAUUUCAUCUCUACAUAGGGUUAGCAUAAAGUAUGCACAUAACAGGGUAAAUGCUUUUCACCACACCAACUGGUAAAAGGCUUACUUUGCUAUUCGAGUAAUUUCAUACAAAUUUUAACUUGAUGUCUUAAGCUGACUGGUAGAAUUUACCUAUAAAUUGUGAUUUUGAAUCAUAA